AUGCAGAUCAGCACGUUGCAUAACAAAUCUCGCCAGGGUAAAGCCAAGGUGAAGUCUGGUUGCAACACAUGCAGGACUCGCAAAGUCAAAUGUGACGAGACAUUUCCUGUCUGCCGCCGUUGCGUAACGGCUGGGCGUGUAUGUGGCGGCUACGGAAUUUGGGGAGGUGGGGGCAAUGUUUCCGUUGAGAGACAUAGCCACUCUGCACUUUCAAGUACCAAGGCUACGAAAACCAACAGCCCUGUGCCGAAGUGUCUCUCUAUUCUCAUUGCCACGAUAGACGAGAAAGAAUGCUUUGAUUGGUUCAAAUGCCGUACUGCAAACAAGCUACCAGGAUCAUUCAUCUCCGACUUUUGGGGUACGCUUCUCAUGCAGGCGAGCAUUUCCGAGCCCGCCGUCCUGCACGCCGUGCUUGCAUUGGGGUCUUUGCAUAGAAGAGGGGUCAUGCUCAAAGAUCAGACCAAUAGCAUUCCCGACGAGCAAAUGGAGCAAUUUACCCUGCAGCAUUAUGUCGAGGCCAUCAGCUAUCUUCGUCCCCAUUUCCAAGCCAAAGACAAAGCCACGUUUCGAGUUGUCCUUAUCGUCUGUAUCGUGUUUAUAUCCUUGGACUUUCUUAGGGGGUACUUCUCAGCUGGACAGAUACAUCUCCAGAAUGGAUUGAAGCUUCUCGAAGAGACCGAAUGGCUUUCGUACGGGAAGGACGAGAAAACCAUCGUUAAGCCUUCUCGCGAAGCCAUUGAUGACUGGAUUGUCGAGGUAUUUGCUAGGUUUUGCCUCCAGGUUGAGCUAUUCAAGCUACCAUAUCCAAGACCCUGCUCCCUAUUCCGACCCGAGGAAAUUGGCUCAGCCUCCAUCUUCAAAUCUCUCAAAGAUGCAUGGCGAGAUAUGGAUAGGAUUAUGAACCGCAUUUUCUACUUGACCGAGAAAGCUCAAGAUUCCAAUGCUGCGGGAACAUGCCCCUCCGAAGUUGUCGAUCUGCUCGAAUAUCAGCAACGAAUUCAGAAAGAUCUGGACCACUGGGUAGCUACAUACAAUGAAUGGUGGAAAUCCAUGAAGACGCACGUCUCAAAUGACUUAGAGAAGGCGCGCCUCUUACAGCUCAUGUACCACGCCAUGGCAACCAUCAUGGCCAAUACAUGCCUCUUCCCGGACGAUGAGUCGGUAUAUGACUUGCAUACUGAUAAGUUUGUCUGCUUGCUCCAACACUUGCUUGACUUAUGGAUUGUCACAAUGGACUCUCCUGACAAUGUUGUUGAUCCUUUACCAAUCAACUUGGUUAAUGCCAGAUCGAUCAUGGACAUAGGCUGGAUGGCACCUCUCUACUACAUCGCUGUUAAGUGUCGGGUCCACCGGAUAAGACUUCACGCCGUUCGAUUGUUGGAAGUCACCUACCACCGGGAAGGAAUAUGGGAUGCCUCGAUUACGGCACGGGUUAGUCGGAAAGUCAUAGAGCUCGAAGAGGGUGAUUUCUAUGAAAAGAUUGAGACUGAUGAUGACUUCUCUCUGUCUAGCUCCCCACUGCCAGCCGAUUUUGAAGUACCGACUUUGCCAAUGUCCCGCAGAAUCCAGGACAUUGAAAUGCAGUUGUCGGGGGAACCGCUAGAGAAGGUUUUUCUGUGGUGUAAGCAAGACAAGAAGGGUAUGGACUGCAGGGUCUGUGUGGCAGAGUAUUGUUUAUCUUCUCAAUGCUGGGUAGAUGGGGAGAUAGACCAGCACUGGUCAAAUUGA